UCUAUGGUGGAAGACUGAAGCUACUGGCUCACAGUGAAAAGAAAGAAGACCUUCUACAAAAGAGACACCAUGAAGCUCCUGGUUGUGGCUGCACUUCUUUGUGGAUCGAUGUUUCUGACCACUGCUUACGUCAGCGGUGGUGCAGGAGGUUUAAUUCCAACUGCAAAGAGUUACCGGUUCAACAUGUCCUCUGGUUGUCCUUAUGGUUGGACUCAUUUCAAUCAACGCUGCUUUGUCUACAUUCCACGAUCCAUGAGUUGGGCUCAUGCUGAGAGAAACUGCUUGUCCAUGGGUGCACACCUUGCAUCUGUGCACAGCAGCAGCGAGUACCAUCACAUUCUGAAGCUGACUGGUGAUCAUGGCUACAAAGAAACUUGGAUAGGAGGAACUGAUGCAUCUGAGGAAAAUGUUUGGCUGUGGAGUGAUGGGACCCCUUUCCACUAUACACACUGGUGCCCCGGAGAGCCUAAUAAUACAAACAAGCAGGAUUGUCUGCAGAUGAAUUAUGGCGAUUCCAAGUGUUGGGAUGAUAUGCAGUGUCACGAAAAUCGGCCAUCUGUCUGUGCCAAGAAAAUAUCAAAACACCAGGGCUGAGACUGAAGCAUAAAUUUUCCAGUAAAACACAAACCGAUGUAUAAUAGUGUUUGUGUUAUGCUUGCUCCUACUUCUUUUCCUAGUUACAUUUUUCCUUUCUUGGUACCAAUCUAAACAUCAAAAUGACAAAUCAGCAAAAGCUGCAUUGUCUUUUAGGCCUUGUGUCUUUAACAAGAGCAGACUGAUUGUGUUACCACAGCAUUGAUCCUACAAAACUGUUGUUUCUUUGUUUUUUCUUGUUUUGCAACAUUAAAGCUUUCAGUGAAGCAUC